UCUUGGUAUCUGAUUCGAUACUUGUUCAAAACCCAAUGUUUAAAGGUCAAUGUCAAAAGCCACUCAAAGUCAUUCAACCACCAAUAGGAGAUCCUUGGAAAUUAAGUGAUUGUGGUAAUCCACCUUCUAUGUGUCAUUUUAUGGAUGAGAUUGUUAAACCAAAACUAUUAAAGAUUUUUUUAAUGAAUUUGCUGGUGAAAAAGGUGAAUGGAUUAAGGCCUAUGAGUUAG